AUGCAUCGGUUUAACUGUUUUCUCGGAAUCGCGGCGUGUCUCUUUUUGACCGCAAGUAUCAAUAAUAACAUGAUGGCAUACGCUCAGGAAUGUGGUGCUCAGACAGGUGGAAUGUGCAACAAAGAUGCCGGUCAAUGCUGUUCACAAUGGGGUCAUUGCGGUUAUGGUCCCCAAUGGUGUGGAGCUGGAUGUCAGCCAGCAUACGGUGCAUGUUCACUUUCACAAAGCGAGAGCAACAAUCUAAAAAAAAGAGAUCAUGUCGAUAAUUCCUACAUAUCGACGAAAAAGACGCAUCAACAUUAUUAUCAUGGGAAAAAAACAAAAGAUCCCAAUAAAAAGAAUCAGAAAUCAAAAAAGAAUCCGAAACUACUAAUGAAAACAAAAACAAAAUCUGUUUCCUACAUUGAUGUUUCAGGUGGUUGUGGAUCGAAUAAUGGAGGGGAAAAGUGUGCUAGUGGUUAUUGCUGCUCGCAAUAUGGAUAUUGCGGAAAGGGUACAGCGUAUUGUGACCAAGGAUGUCAGUCUGAUUACGGAGACUGUAGAGCAAUUACAAGUAGCCUUGCGUCAACAACUACAAGCUCAGCAGUUACAUACACUUCAGCGUCAACAACCACAAGUUCAGCAGCUACAUACACUUCAGCGUCAACAACCACAAAUUCAGCAGCUACAUACACUUCAGCGUCAACAACUACAAGUUCAGCAACUACAUCCACAUGUAACCCGCCAACUUCUCCAUCUGUCGUUGCCGUAACUUAUCGAACUUGUAUCAAAUCAAAUAGUUAUGCGCUUACAUUUGACGAUGGACCAAUGAUGUGGACACAUGAACUUCUCGACACGCUAAAAGCGAAAAAUAUAACGGCAACAUUCUUUGUAAACGGUCACAAUUGGGGCUGUAUCUAUGACUAUGCCGAUAUUCUUCAACGAAUUCUCUACGAAGGUCAUCAAAUCGGCUCACACACCUGGUCACACCCAUCAAUGCCAAACAUCACCAACGAGGAAAUCACCUACCAAAUGCACACGCUUGAAAACGCUCUUCGAAAAAUUAUAGGUCACAUACCACGAUUCAUGCGACCACCGUAUGGUAACCAAGAUGAACGCGUGCUAAGUCAUUUGGGUUCAUUAGGAUAUGAGCACAUUAUCAUUUGGGAUGUUGAUCCCGGCGAUUCAACUGGAAGUACCGUAGAAGUUUCCCAAGAAAUUAUAAAUAAUGCACUCGCUACAAGUCCAGCACCUACACCACACAUUGUUAUCAAUCACGAUGUGAAACAAAACACCUCGGAAAUUCUGGCCCCUUGGGAGAUGGAUACGCUCGUAGAGGCUGGUUAUGAUUUGAUGACCGUGGGUGAAUGUUUGGGAAUUGAUAGGUCCCAGUGGUAUAAAGAGGUCACAAUACCUAGUCUAAGAGAUGACACUUGGUAUUGUACAUUUGAAGAUAUGCAUCGUGAUGAUGGUGGUUUUUCGUAA